GCCUCACAGAGCACGCGCGCCCAAACAACAUUCAGAUUGGAGGGUCUGAGCGUCCCGCCACACUCUGAUUGGUGGAGCUGAUUGUGCUCUGUCAGCUUCCGCGACCCCACUCUCGCGGCCGGACUGUGGCGCUGCCCCGGGCACUGGCCGCCCAGUCGGCGGCGCGCACCCGGGCCUGCGGGCCUGCUUGCACUGCUUUCAGGACUACCAGUCCGCCUGCUUCCGCCCUCACCCCGACUUGGAGGCCUCGGUCAUGUCCUUCAAGGCCCAGGUGAGGAGAGCUCUGCAGCGAGUGCCCGGGAAGCAGCGAUUCGGCGUCUACAGGUUCCUGCCCUUCUUUUUCGUCCUGGGAGGAACGAUGGAGUGGAUCAUGAUUAAAGUGCGCGUAGGCCAGGAGACCUUCUAUGAUGUCUACCGUAGAAAAGCUUCAGAAAGACAGUAUCAGAGAAGGCUGGAAGAUACAUCAGAGACAAAUCUUCAUACGUUAAUAAAAUAAAUAUGAAUUUUCA